AUGACUGCUCCCGUAGGCCUCGAGGUGGAUGGCCGCGAAAGCCCCAAAUACACCUCUGCCCUUGAUGAGAAGGAGUUAUCUACCGUUCAGGCCAUUGCCGCCAAUGGUGCUCACGAAAGUGACGAUGAAGCCACUGGUCUCCGCAAAGAGCUCCCUACCGAUGAGGAAAUAGCGACAUUGCGCCGUCUCCCUGACAGAAUCCCCUGGAUUGCCUUCAGCAUCGCCUUCGUCGAAUUGUGCGAACGAUUCUCGUACUAUGGAACAACUGCAGUUUUCGUCAACUUCAUUCAACAGCCACUUCCACAUGGAUCAACCACUGGUAACAGCAUCGGCCCUGGUAUCAUCCAAAACCGUACCCCAGGAGCCCUUGGACUGGGUCAGCGAGCGUCAACCGCACUUGUUACAUUCAACUCUUUCUGGGCUUAUGUCAUGCCUUUGGUUGGUGCCUACAUUGCCGAAGAACAUCUUGGACGUUUUAGAACUAUCAUGUUUUCCAUUGGAUGUGCGCUUGUUGGCCACACUAUUCUCAUCAUUUCCGCCAUCCCACCAGUUAUCAAGCAUCCAAAUGGUGCCCUUCCUUGCUUCGUCAUCGGCCUUAUUAUCAUGGGCAUGGGAACCGGUGGCUUCAAAUCCAACAUUUCUCCCCUCAUUGCUGAGCAAUAUACAGAAACCCAAAUGUUUAUCCGAACAGAAAAGAGCGGAGAACGAGUUAUUGUUGACCCUGCUGCCACAGUAUCUCGUAUCUUCAUUUUGUUCUACCUCAUGAUUAACAUCGGCUCUCUGUGUGGUCAGAUCGGCAUGGUUUUCGCUGAGAAAUACGUCGGAUUCUAUCUCUCUUUCCUUCUCCCAACUCUCAUGUUCUGCCUAUGCCCGUUGGUGCUCUUCCUUUGCCGCAAGAAAUACGUUCGAACCAAGCCAGGUGGCUCCAUUUACUACAAAGCCAUUAAACUUGUUGGACUUAUCACCAAAGGCAAAUGGUCUUGGAACCCCGCUCAAACUCGCCGCAAUUUCAAGGACCCAGAGUUUUGGAAUGCUGGCAAGCCAAGCCGCAUUGCUAACAAGCCAUCCUGGAUGACAUUCGACGAUGCUUGGGUUGACGAAGUUCGUCGUGGUCUUAUUGCUUGUUCCGUUUUCCUGUGGUACCCUCUUUUCUGGGUCGCCUACAACCAAGGAACCAGUAACCUUACCUCUCAAGCCAACACUCUGACUCUCAACGGCGUGCCAAACGAUAUUAUCAACAACCUUAACCCCAUUACCCUCAUCGUCUGUAUCCCAAUCAUGGACAGAAUUGUCUACCCAACCCUCCGCAAAAACGGCAUUAGGUUCACCCCUAUCAAGCGUAUCACCACCGGUUUCUUCCUUGCAGGCUGCGGAAUGACUUCUUCAGCUGUCCUACAGUACUAUAUCUACAAGACGAACCCAUGUGGCUCUAACGCAAGUUACUGCAAGACAGAACUCGGAAAGUACUCUCCCAUCAGCGUCUGGGUCCAAGCUGUCGCUUAUGUUCUUGGCGGUAUUUCUGAAAUUUUCGCAUCCGUCACUUCCCUUGAAUAUGCAUUCAUGAAGGCCCCAAGAAAUAUGAGGUCUUUGGUUCAAGCUUUUGCUCUGUUCAUGAACGCCAUCUCUUCCGCUAUCAACCAGGCCCUGGUAGGUCUGUCGUCGGAUCCUCUCCUUAUCUGGAACUAUGGUGUCACCGCUUGCCUUGCAUACAUCGGCUGUAUCGGUUUCUGGUUUAGCAACCGUAGCACCGAUAAGGCUGAAGAUGCGAUGAACCAACUUGCUGUGGCUGACUUCCAUGGCAAGGAGAAUGAUACGGAGAAAGCCAUAUAA